AUGCUCUGGGCCCUCGGAUUUUUGCUCUCCUUUUGUGGCUUAUUCGUAUGGUUGGAGUAUGGAACCAUGUUCCUUCGCUCUGGAGGCGAGAAGGUCUACUUGGAAGCAGUGUAUAAGAAACCAAAGUACCUGGCGACCUUUAUCUUUGCAACGAACGCGAUUUUAUUGGGGUUUACUUCUGCCAACUGCAUUAUCUUCGCGAAUAACAUCCUAAUUGCAGCGGGCCACGCCCCAGAUAGAUGGGUUGUGCGCGGAAUUUCACUUGGUGCUAUCUGUUUCGUCACCAUCCUUCAUGGGGUGACACCCAAGGUUGGGGUAUAUCUGAUGAAUGUGCUCAGUGUCUCUAAAAUCGCCAUACUCCUCUUCGUCGUUAUCACUGGUUGCGUGGUGCUAUCUGGAAAAAUGCACAUCAAAGAUCCACUUGCAAAUUUCCGUAACAUUUUUUCUGGAAGCUCACAUAGCAGUAACGAUUACCCAACAGCCACUUUCAAAGUCCUCGACGCAUACGCUGGGUGGGAAGGUAUAAAUUACGUUAUGAAUAACGUCAGGAAUCCCGUUCAAACGCUGAAAAUAGCUGGUCCACUUGGACUAGGAAUCUGCGCCGUAUUAUACAUGUUGGCUAACAUAGCUUACUUCGCAGGUGCGACAAAGGAUCAGAUACGCGAGUCCGGCGUCACCGUUGCAGUUCUAUUUUUCAAAAACGUUUUCGGUACCAGGGCAGAGAAGGCUCUAUCUGUCAUCGUUGCGCUGCGGACUCGUUUUCAAGACAUUCGCUUCCUGUCGUGUAAACCAAGAACUAGCGAAAGAAGGCAUCCCACUUCCAUUCGGAAACAAAUUUUAGGCGUCGAAUUGGCCAACGGGGAAAUCCCCGCUGCCCGGACUCAUUAUUCAUUUGAUACCUUCCGUUCGGUCCCCCGCAUGUGUUUCCUGCGCCCCUGA